UUUAACCUUUCUACAAUUCAGUCAUGGGAGUUCCCGCUCUCUUCAGAUGGCUGUCUAACAAAUUCCCAAAGAUCGUGACACCUUGUGUCGAAGAACAGCCUAAGAAAUUUAAAGGAGUGGUUGUGCCAAUCGAUCCAACCAAGCCUAAUCCUAAUGGCGAAGAAUUUGACAAUCUGUAUCUGGAUAUGAACGGUAUCAUUCAUCCAUGCUGUCACCCAGAAAAUAAGGUAUGCAGUUCGAUUUGUCUCAUGGUCGGAUCUUGAGAAUCCGCUAUUAACUGUGACCG